AUGAGCAAACAAGGAAGCGAAAAGAAAAAAGAGAUAAAUUCUAAAGAUGACAAAAAAACAAAGAAGCAGACACCAACAACAAUAAAGACGCGGAAAGAGGGUAAAAAGUCGAGGAACUUAGUGGAUGUGUUCAAUGAAUGUGCUAUGGAUAAUGCAUAUCAUACAUGUCAUAAUGUACAAGAUCUGCUGAAGUGUCGAGGCUUUCCAUGGCCACAGGCGCAAAAGAAGAAGAAAAAGAAAGGUGGCAAAAAAGGCAAAUAAGAAUAAAAUGGAUCAGUAAAAUUGCAAUAAAAAUAUGUUAUUGACUUUUUGUAAUAAAAAAAUAUACAUUA